ACCAGUUCGUUGGUAUAACGCGGAACUCAUUAUCGCGGGCAUUGAGACACGUCAGCCGAAAGUGGCGGAGCUAUUUGAGUGAUGCACACGCACCGGAGUUGUUUCCGCGUUGAAAGACUGAAACCGACACCACCUGGUUCUGCCUCUGAAACAGCUUUGAUGACCUCUGAGCAGAAAUGGAGCUUUCCGAGUCCGUAACCCAUAUGAAUGGGCGACAGAGGAAGUCUGCGGCGACGACUGCAGACAUGGCUGACCGGGAGAUGGUGGACGAGGAAGAGGCACUCGUUCAGGACUCUGAAAGGGAGGACGGACGUUCUAAAGCGCGCAGCAGCAUCCGAGGUGAACUGGGCAACGUGUGCCUGCUCCUCUUUCUCUAUGUCCUCCAGGGGAUUCCUUUAGGACUGGCCGGGAGCAUUCCUCUCAUCAUGCAAAGUAAAAAUGUUAGCUAUAAAGACCAGGCCUACUUCAGCUUCGUCUUCUGGCCUUUCAGUCUGAAGCUGCUCUGGGCCCCUCUGGUGGAUUCGGUCUACGUGAAGCGCUUUGGACGAAGGAAGUCGUGGCUCGUACCCACUCAGUACCUGCUCGGGCUCUUCAUGCUGGGACUGUCGUUCACCGUGGAUUCGCUUCUGCGGACGACUGGAUCACAAGGCCCAGACGUGGUCACCCUAACCACAGUGUUCUUCAUGCUGGCUUUUCUGGCAGCCACGCAGGACAUCGCAGUCGACGGCUGGGCUCUCACCAUGCUGUCCAGAGAGAACGUGGGAUACGCCUCUACUUGUAACUCCGUAGGCCAGACGGCUGGGUACUUCCUGGGCAACGUCUUGUUUCUGGCUCUGGAGUCGGCUGAUUUCUGCAACAAGUACCUGAGGUUUGAGCCACAGGACCACGGCAUCGUCACACUGUCAGAUUUCCUGUUUUUCUGGGGGAUUGUGUUCAUGGUGUCCACCACCCUGGUGGCCUUCCUGAAGUCAGAGAACAGCAGAAAUCAGCGCUCCAGGCGGAGACCGAAAGAGGAGACGCAGGGCGUGAUGGAGACGUACAAGCUCCUGUUCUCCAUCAUCAAACUGCCUGCUGUCUUCACGUUUUGCUGCCUGCUGCUCACAUCCAAGAUGGGGUUUUCAGCAGCAGAUGCAGUGACUGGGCUGAAGCUGGUGGAAGCUGGAGUCCCGAAAGCUGAGCUAGCUCUGCUGGCUGUUCCCAUGGUUCCUCUGCAGAUCCUGCUGCCUCUCAUCAUCAGUAAAUACACAGCUGGGCCUCGACCACUCGACAUCUUCUAUAAAGCCUUUCCUUUCAGGUUGCUGAUUGGUCUGGAGUACGCGCUCCUCGUGUGGUGGACCCCUAGCGUAAAGCAUGAGGAUGGACUUCCUGUGUAUUACUACGCUGUGGUGCUGCUGAGCUACGCUGUACAUCAGGUGGCGCUGUACAGCAUGUUUGUGGCCUGUAUGGCGUUCCACGCUAAAGUGAGUGACCCGCUGAUAGGAGGCACCUACAUGACCCUGCUGAACACGGUCACCAAUCUGGGGGGCAACUGGCCGUCCACACUGGCCCUGUGGCUGGUCGACCCGCUCACAUCCAAACAGUGCGAGGGGGCAGCGGGGCAGACGUGCAGCUCGGCUGAAGAGGCCGGGCUGUGUGUUAAAGAAGGUGGUGUAUGUGUGACGGCUCUGGACGGUUACUACGUGGAGUCGUUCGUGUGUGUCCUGAUCGGAUUGGCCUGGUGGAUUCUCUUCGGGAAGAAAAUGAAGCGGUUACAGGAGGAGAGUCCGUCGGCUUGGCAGUGCAGGAUAAACAAAUGACGCCACUAUCUACGGACGCUCAGAGCGGACCAAUAGGAGAGCGGUUAGAGCGUCUCAUUUGCAUAACCGCUGAAUUUUAUUCUUUAACGUUGUUAUUAUUAUUAUUUUUAAUGAGGAUAUUUACUCUCCUGUUCUACACUUUUUUCGGUUGAGCAGCUUCUGAAAUGAAGGAAUGAAAAUCAACCGUGUGGAUUAAAUCGGUACUAUUGUCUGUACUGGGAUCUCCACUGGGACACUCGCUCUGUUCCUCCACGUAAAACCGUGGGAUUGAUACGGGACAAAACUCGCUCCCAUUAGAGUUCCUGCAUCUACCUUUCCCUCGCCAUCAGGCUUCGGUUCACAAAUCGUUUGUGCCUUUUGUGCUGAUUUUCCUUUGCCUGUAACAGAUGUUGUGAUAAAAUUCCAGAUGUGAUUCUGAAUACUGUGGUUAAUCAUCCGGAAAACUUUAACCUUUAUGUGGAAUAAUCUAGACUGUGUUUCAUUUGAUUGCGUAACACACAUCACCCUACAUCUGACAGAUAUAUAUAUAUAUAUAUACACACAAUGUCCAUGAUCUCAAGGCAGUAUUUCCUGAACCACCAGCAUCACACCACUGCAAGAAAGAAAAAUGGAUUUUUUUUUUUUUUUUUUGGUUUAUUUAUUGGACUGUAAUCAUUCCUCACAUCUGGAAACCACCACUGUGUUUUAUUUUUUAUGUCACUUUAAUUCUUUUUUGGUUUUAAUUUUUUUUAUUGAGUUUUCAGUAUACAUAUGCAAAACAUAUAAUAACCCCAGCCCUCACUAACAAAACCCUAGAGUAGUGCUCAUGCUGUCCAUUAACUCUGAAGAAUUACAGGUGUUAAAAAAAAUAUAAAUAUAUAAUAAAUUAAAAAAAAAAAAAAAAAAAAAUUAAAGAAAAAAAGGGGGGGGGGUAAUAAUAGUUAAACAAACAAAAAAAAAAUCAAUAAAAGGGCACCACAUCUUAAAAAAUAAAUAAAUAAAUAAUGAGUACCUAAUCUUUUUGACCUUAAUUUUUUUUUUUUAGUCAUUAUUUAGAAAUAAUAAUAAUUUGACCUACAUUCAACAUCUGGAAAAGUUCACCAUGUGUUCUUGAACAGUUAAUAAUAAUGGUUAUAAUAAUAAUUACUAUAUUGUUUAUAAAAUGCUAAAUUAUUACUAUUCAUUAGAGAUGAUUGAUAUUAUUAAACAUACAUAUACAUAUGAUUUCUUUUUAUUUUUUUAUUUAAAAAAAGAAAAGAAAAUGAUUUUCUUUUGCAGUGUGAUCACAGAAGGCGAACAGGCAAAUAAACAUCGCUGCUUCUUAAAGGAAUUUCCUUUAACUCUCUUGAAGAUGAGAAAAUCUACAAAACUGAAUUUUCCUAUGAUCCAAAUCAAGUCCUGCUGAUUAUGAUCGAUUAAUCGUGAAGCACAAGGCCAUGAAGACUCUCCUUUAUCUCCUUCCUGUUUUCUUCCAGCUGUUUCUCAUGUUCGUAUGUUGAAGGUCAUUUGAGUUUUUCAUGUGAAGGAAAGUUGACUUUUGUGUCGUGUUUGUUCACUGAUACGCCGGUGACUCUUCACUGAUUGCUGAGCACUUCGAAGAGUCGUGGCACGAACGAAACACUAAAUAAUUUGACCUGACACGGAAUUUACCUUAAAAACCCUUUUCUUUAUUUUCAUUUGAAUUAUUUGCAGUAUGUUUGUUUUUGCAGGAGCGUUACAUUUACAGUGUGAUUGAUUGAAAGCUGUCAAAUAUUUUAAGAAAUGAACACAGUUCUGAAGGAGAGAGAGAGAGAGAGAGAGAGAGAGAGAGUGUGUGUGUGUAUGUGUUUCAGCUGUAUUUCCAAAGUGUCUAAAUGUCUAAGAAUACAUAUCCUAUGUGUCAUUAAAAGCUCUUUAUGCAACGUAAA